GGCAGUUUCAGCUUGGUGUCUCUGGGUUGGUGUUGCAAAUAUCAAUUUUUUAUAUCUCGGAUCAAGGAGGCAAACAAGAAAUGCAACACCAUCAGAUAAGUACCAAUAAUCCUUCAUCUUCCUCUUCCUCAGAAUCAAUGAAUCCAAUAUUAUCAUCGAAUGCUAGAUCAUCUGUUUCAAAAUUUUCUUCACUUAAUUCAUCAUCAGUAUAA